AAAUUGGGUUUAAGCAGAAGGAGAAGAAAACAAAAAAAAGAAGUAAAAAAAAAAAAGUGAACUUUGCACGAUUCCACGAUCGGAGAGGAGGACGACGAGAAUGGCGGUACAGUGGCUUCUGGUGUGUCAUGGGAUGGCGACGCUAACGGUGGUCAUCUCCUUCCUCUGUGGUCAAUGGCCAAUCUUCAAAGGCACACCUUUUCAAUGGAUUCAUUACUUCAUCACUUUCGGCGCCUACGAUUACUUCCUGAGAUUCGUCGGAUUUGUGUUUGGUUCCAAGGGUACGGAUAUGAUUAUGUCUGUGGAGUACUUCUGCUGUGAGCGUCCUAAUCCUAUACUGCAGGUGAUAUAUAUAGCCAUUAUCGGAUCAACAUACUUCUUAACUGCAAAGUCUUCAUUCAUCUAUAUACCUGGAUAUUAUGUUGGCGAUGUUCACAAGUACACGAGCUUUCUGGCUGUUAUAAUUGGUGUCAUACUUUUCUUGUUGACAAGCUUUUCUGAUCCAGGUACUGUGAACGCUGAGAAUGUUGCACGGUAUAUUUCUGCUUACCCCUAUGAUGAUAUCAUUUACUCGGAGAAAGAUUGUUCCACCUGUAAAAUCCCAAAGCCUGCUAGAUCCAAGCAUUGCAGCAUCUGCAACCGCUGUGUGGCUCGGUUUGACCAUCAUUGUGGGUGGAUGAAUAAUUGUAUAGGCGAAAGGAAUACCAAAUAUUUCAUGGCUUUCCUCUUUUGGCAUUUCCUUCUUUGCUUGUACGGAACAGUAGCCAUUGGGUUUAUCCUUGCUGGGCGAGUAAAAGAUCUUCGUGUUGUACAUAUUUUAACUGUCUAUUACGGUGUAGAUAAAUCUUUCCGUAGCUUAGCUCCUCGUGUUUUACAGUGGCUAGUUGGUACAUACAACACCCAGAUUCUCCUAAUGGUGUUUCUCGGCAUUGUUUCUCUCCUCCUUGCUGGCUUCUUCGCUUACCACGCAAAACUCUGCUUAACCAACACAACAACUAAUGAGACAUUUAAGUGGAGAGAAUAUUUAGUCUUGAAGAAGAAGCUCAGUGAAGCAAAGGCGAGCACUGCUGCUCUAAAGGCAGGAGUGUCAUUUGAACCGAAGAAGCCAUUAGCGGAAAGCAAAUGCUUUGGGCUCUGUGGGAGAUCCUCUACUCAUGAAGCAGGAGAGGCCAAAGCCGAAGCUAUAACAAAACGGAAUUUGUAUGAUAGAGGAAGUUUCCAAAACGUUUCUGAGAUCGUUUUCCCUUUAUCAUCAAGACCAUCUUCUUCCAUAAAAUCAAAACCGAAACUGGAAUAGUAAGUCUUUUUGUAUACUUUUGGUAGUUUUUUUAGUUUUGUUUUUUAAUUCUUUUAGUUAGUGACUCACUGACUGACUGGUUUUGAUGAUUUGGUCUUCAAUGCAAUUUAGAAUUUUUUUACA